AUGCGCCCCAAAUGUCCAGUUCGACCGUGCAAAUUUUGUGCGAAACAGUUCCGACGAAAUGAACACCUCCAUCGCCACGAAAGGACACACACAAAAGAAAAGCCAUUUAACUGUCACUGUGGCCGUACAUUCUCUCGAGCCGAUCUUCUUUCUCGUCACUUGAGACUCACACAUAACGAGGCCGGAAGCUCUCACGAUGAAAGUCCAGAGGAAGCAGCAAUAAAUGAAAUCACUCUACAGCCACAAGCGUGGAAUACGGCAUUGGAUGACAAUCUGGAUUUUUUGUGGAGCAGUUUAGAGACCAGUUCAACACUAGCUACGCUGUCCUCCUUGCCACCGAUAUCUUGUUUUGAGUUCCCUCCCAUGACGAAAAGCGCAUUUCCAGACAUUCAAUAUCCAGUAGCUGGCAAUUUCGACUAUCAAUCUGGCGAAGAUGGCCACCAUGAUACAGGCUAUCACGACGAUAGUCUCAAUCAGGGAAGGGCUGGACAUGUUGAAGCGGAACAGACAUCCGGGAUUUUCUCAAGAUUUGGAUCUCGUCUACCCUCUAUACAACCAGCUGAGGAGCCUCAGCAGCAAUCAGGGUCUACUAUUAGCGAUCCAAACCCCCAACAAUCCUGCACAAGAGAAGAAACAUCCCAUCGGAUUAACUCACCAUUCCACGUACCAGGAAUACCAUGGCGUAUCUCGAAGGACGACUACAAUCGAAUCGCCAAUAUUAUUCAGAAACAUCGUGAUGUGAUUCCGGGACAAUUCGUUUUCCCUUCGAGACAUACACUGUGCCGAUACCAUCUACCUUUUAUACACCUUCCAUCAGCCUCUCUUACUAAACAAUGCCCUGAAUUAAUAUUAGCUAUUGCUUCAAUGGGAGCAAGAUACCGAUUUCAACCAAUGCAUGCUCACCGCUUAUACAUUGCAGCGAAAUCAGUGUUGGAAGACCAGCUCCGCCGCCGAGAUGCUUGUGAUAUGCCUGGUUGGACAUCAGAGUCUUCUGACUUUCGUACUGAAAGCAGUAUGCUGUCUCAGGUCCGACAGCCAGCGCCAAAUGCCGCGAAUAGUCAAAGGGCCAUGAUUAUUCUUAUUGCUAUGGGUACAUGGAAUAACAGAUCCCUAUUGAAAGAUGCAUUCCCCCUUGCAAGUCAACUUGCCAUUAUGGUACGUGAGGGCGAACAAUCGUCGCCCAAGGCCGACACAGAUCAUUCAAAUUGGGAAAGAUGGAUUGCUGCAGAGGGCCGGCGAAGAACAAAGAUACUUGCAAUGUGUUUCCUCAAUUUCCAUACAGUUUCCUUCAACGUGCCACCCAGAAUUCUGUACUCGGAACUUAGUCACUUGGACCUUCCUGGUCACGAAUCAUGGUGGAGAGCCACAAAUGAAGAGGAUUGGCGAGCGAAACGCAUGGGAAAUCCAUGCUCCGAAACGACUUUGCAAUCUAGCUAUGCUAGCCUAUUUCAUUCGCGUGAUGAUACGCUAAAUGUGACACCAUCAUCAUUUGGGAAUUAUGUCUUAAUUCACUGCAUCCUACAACAAAUUUUCUUUACCAGACAAGCAUCCCUAGACUUUCAGCCAGUCGACCGUACAGGAAGAUGUAGGCCAAUCUCGCUUCAAUUAGAUACCGUUUGCCGUCUCGACAUGGCCUUGAGAAAUUGGCAGAAGAAUUGGGAGACGAUUCAGGAUUCCUCUCUCGAUCCUACAGCACCGGGUGGCCCACUCAGUUUCAAUUCCACUGCCCUCUUUCGAAUUGCUUACAUUCGACUGAACGCGGAAAUUGGAAUCUGCCAGCCUUUGGAAAUUCGUGAUCCUAAGGGAAUCGCAACAGAGUUCCGCAAAGCGCCCCUCUUGGAGCGUUCAUCUUGCGUCGGACGUGCUGUCCUUCAAAGCGCUCAUUCACUUAGUAUUCCAAUUCGCAUCGGCAUUGAAUAUGUUGCUCGUACUCAAACCCUAACCUGGAGCAUUAUACACAGCCUCUGCAAUCUUGAAUGUGCCCUAUUUUUAGCAAAGUGGUUGGAAACAAUGGCGUUCGUUUUGAGCAGUGGAGAGUAUUUACGUGAUGAUGAGAAGCGGCUUCUUGGCAUUUUGGCUAGCAUAAUUGGAGAAACUGAUUGGGGACUCGAACUGGACCGCGAACACGACAAUGUCAAAAGAGCGAAACUGAUGGCGAUAGUUGUGAUUCGUAUCUGGGCUGAGUCCUUCAAAGGUGCCCACGUCUUCGAUAUCAUGGGAACAACAGGCGCAGCAUUAGACACAUCUGCGGAUAUGCUCGAACAGGAUAUUGCGACGAUUUGA